UACAGUAGGAGCCCAAUAUGGCAGCGGCGGCGGGCGCAGGGGCUGCGGCGCUGGGGGCUGCCCGCACCUAGGGCUGCCGCUCCUCUCCUCUCCCUCCCCCCCGGCUCCCCCUUCUCGGGUGGAAGGAGCCCCUCAGGGUACCUCGGAGUCAGCUGCGCCCCGUCGAGUCCGACAUGAGGGAGAAGGGCCGCAGGAAGAAGGGCAGGACCUGGGCAGAGGCCGCCCGGACGGUCCUGGAGAAAUAUCCUAAUACACCUAUGAGCCAUAAAGAGAUCCUUCAAGUUAUCCAGAAAGAAGGACUUAAAGAAAUCAGAAGUGGGACUUCUCCUCUGGCCUGCCUGAAUGCCAUGUUGCACACCAACUCCCGUGGGGAAGAGGGAAUUUUCUAUAAGGUCCCGGGGCGCAUGGGGGUCUACACCCUGAAGAAGGAUGUUCCUGAGGGGCUGAAGGAGCUCUCGGAUGGCUCUGAGGAGAGCAGUGAUGCCCAGUCUGACUCCCAGAGCUCUGAGAACAGCAGCAGCAGCAGCAGCAGUGAUGGGUGCAGUAACAAAGAUGGGAAGAAAAGCAGAUGGAAAAGAAAAGUGUCGUCCAGGCUGUCACAGACCUCCUCCCCUCAGUCAGGCUGCUCAUCACCUUCCAUCCAGGCAGGCAAAGUCAUCUCCUCAUCCCAGAAGCACAGCAAGAAGGCACUCAAACAGGCCCUGAAGCAGCAGCAGAAGCAGCAGCAGCAGCAAUGCAGGGCAGGGAUGCCCAGCUCCUCCAGCCAGCACCUCCUCCUCAAGGCAGCCACAGACCCCACACCCACCAAACCUGCUUGGGAAGGAAAGCAGUCAGAUGGACAGGCCAGCAGCCCUCAGAACUCCACCUCCAGUUCCUCUCCUUCUGUCAAGCUGGAAAACUCCUUGCCAGGGCUGGGGAAGAAACCCUUCCAGAGAUCUGACAGGCUCCAUGCAAGGCAGCUGAAGAGAGCCAAGUGUGCUGAAAUUGAUGUGGAAACCCCUGACUCCAUCCUGGUGAACACCAACCUGAGGGCCCUGAUCAACAAGCACACCUUCUCUGUGCUGCCCACGGAGUGCCAGCAGCGCCUGCUGCUCCUGCUGCCCGAGGUGGACAGGCAGGUGGGGGCUGAUGGGCUGAUGAAGCUGAGUGGUUCUGCACUCAACAACGAGUUCUUCACCUCAGCUGCCCAGGGCUGGAAGGAGAGGCUGUCAGAAGGUGAGUUCACACCAGAGAUGCAGCUCAGGAUCCGGCAAGAGAUAGAAAAGGAGAAGAAGGUUGAGCUGUGGAAGGAACAUUUCUUUGAGAGCUACUAUGGUCAGAGUUCUGGACUGAGUCCUGAGGAGUCCAGAAGACUGACAGCAAACAUCAGCCCUGCAGAGACAGAGCCUGAAGCCCCAGCAGCUGAACAGCCAAAAUGCACACCAGCCCCUCUGGCACCUCUCAAGGAGGAGACUGCUUCUCCAUUAGAGCCUAAAGCACAAGCAGCCCAGGAAGCACCAGCAAUGAAAAAAGCAGAGGAAAGAAGAGAGAACAUGCAACCCAAACCAGCCAGACCUGCACAGGCCUCGCUCUGCCCAGCUGGGAGUGCAGUGAAACCUGGGGACCAUGCUCUGCCUCCCAGAGAGAGAGUCCAAGGAGAGCCCACCCAAGAGAAAGCCCAGACUGCCACCAGUCAAAAGGCAGAAGAGGAGAGGCAGCACGAAGCAUCACAGGAUGUGCCAGGGAGAGAGACUGCUGGCACCCCAGCUCUGGCCCCCAGGAAACCAAAGAGCCCCGAAGCAGGUGAAGCGGUGGCAGCAAAGGUGAAAACCCCAACGAUGACUCCAGAAGCACCAGAAAAGAAGCCCCCUGCAAACGAGGCCAUGGAAGUCAGCGUGGAAGCCCAGAAGAGGAAGUCAGAGAGUGGUGAGGAAGCUCCCAGCACCCCUGAGAAGAGGCCACGCGUGGUGGGGAGCUGCCAGCACCAGCAGGCGUUUCGCAGGCAGCCCCAGCCCUUUCCUGCCCCGGGGACCCCCGUCCCACGGGUGCCCCCACUCAAGAUUCCUGUUUCCAGAAUCUCCCCCAUGCCAUUUCCUGCGGGCCAGGUCUCUCCCAGGGCACGUUUCCCAAUCUCACUCACCAAUCCAGGAAGAACAGGAGCCAGAACUCUGGCAGACAUCAAGGCACGAGCCCAGCAAGCCAAGGCUCAGAGGGCAGCAGCCGCCGCCGCCGCUGCCGCCGCCUCGGCCGGGGGGGCUGUGCCAGGGCCAGGGCCUGGGGGUGGUGGUGGGACCCCCCCGGGGGGUGGGGGAGAGAAGAGUGACCCGGCAGCGAGCGGAGCCAAGGGAACUGGAACUGGAGGCAAUGCACUGGAACUGGCAGGAACUGGAAGCGGGGGAGGUUCGGGAAGGUUUCUUCCCCAUGGCCCAGGGACCUGCACCCAAAUGGAGACCCAGACCACGGGGCAGGCACCGCCUCAUGGUCCUUCUAGAGCACAACUACAGCAAACUGCCACACUGCGACCCCCAGCUCCAGGCAGCAGUGCAGGCACCUCCUCCUCAUCAUCAUCAUCCUCAUCCUCCUCCUCCACCCCACCGGCCACCUCGGCAUUAGAGAAAAGCAGCAGAGCAAAGCAGAGCCCUCCCAGCACAGCUGGGGGUCAGGUUUUGGGCUCCCCAAAUGGUGGUAGCAAUGACAAAGCACCUUCUGCUCCAGCAGGCCCCAGUGGAGCAGCAGCUGUCAGGGAUGGAGCAGGCUGUGGCACCCUGCCCACGGCAGAGCCCAGCACAGCUCUACCUAAGGUAGCACCUGCAGCCUCAGGAGGCUCCAGCUUGGAUGUGUCUAAAAGCAAAGCUCCUUCCCCCCUGACGCCUUCGCUGACAUCCACCAGCUCAGAGUCCCAGGCUGGAGCUGUGGUCACAUCUGCUCCAUCUCUCCCACCCCCUCGCACUUCAUCAGGAGCACUUAGCCUUAAAACUCACGCAGGUUCAAGCUCCAGUGGAGCCCUCCCAAAACCAAGCUCCAGUAUCCCUGCUAACAACCCUUUGGUCACUCAGCUUCUUCAAGGCAAGAACGUCCCUCUGGAGCAAAUCCUGCCAAAGCCUCUCACCAAAACUGAGAUGAAAACUGUCCCUUUAGCUUCCCAUGAGGAAAAAGGGGCAGCAGCAUCCAGUGCUCCGGGCACAGCAGGGAAUGGUGCUGGAGCUGAGGGCGGUGAAAGACAAUCAAAUUUACCCUCACAGCAGCUUGGGAAGAUCUUUUGCCCAAACAGGCCUCUGCCUCACAUUCCAAGGACCUUUCCGCUCCCCUCGGGAAAGGACCCCAGUCCUGACCAGCACCAGUGCCACGAGGCACUCAGCAAAACCACCCAAGAGCAGAUCCUUCAGACUCUCAUCAAGAGGGUCCAGAGGCAGAACUUGUUGCCAGCCCUUCAGCCUUCACAACUGAACCGCACUCACUCAGGUUUCCAGUUAGAAAACAGCUCCACCAGUCAGAGAUUUAUGCUGGGUUUCAUGGGCAGGAGGACAUCCAAGCCUGCCAUGUCUGGUCAUUAUCUGCUCAACGUUUCCACCUACGGUCGUGGUUCAGAGAGUCUGAGGAGAGGCUUCUCCUUGAACCCCGAAAGCCGCCCGUGUCUGCACAGUCCUGCUGACACUCCAAGAGCAGAAUUUGGGGAAUGUGAGGAGCUGGCUGGCCAUGGCAGCAGCAGCGAGGAGGGAGAUGCAGAUGAUGAGAGCACUGGUGAUGAACACGAACACAUCAGUGUGAAAGAGGAGCCCCAGGCUGGCCGGGUGUCUGCUCAGUGUCAGAAGGAGCAGGUGUCUCAUGGCAUGAGCCCUUCGGAUUACAGCACCCUGGCUAAAAAGGGCGUGAAGAGCGAAGCCUCUCAGCAGGCACCAUCCAGCAAGGAGCACAUCCAGGCCUUUGAUGGGACUGCACUGGCACGAGAUUUCAUCCAGGCUGCUCAAGAGCAAAUGGCACAGGCGAUGAGGGGGAAGAUGCACAGCAGCCCCGAGCUCUUCAGUGCUCCUGCACCAUCCUCAGACCCCGGGCAGCAGCAGCAGCAGCAGCAGCAGCAGCAGCAGCAGCAGCCACCCCUGCUCUCUGCUCCACACCCUCCAAAGCUCCCUGGCAAUGCUGCAGCACAGCUCCUUGGCCCCAGUUACAGUGGCACAAUAAAUGUCUCCACCUCCCCGGAGGUGACCCAGGGCUCCCUGAUGAGUGAAUGCAAUCAGCUGUCCAGCAGCAUGGGGAACGUCAUGUCCUUCUCCGUGACUGUCACCACCAUUCCCACCAGCCAAGCCAUGAACUCUGGUGGCCACGGGGCUCAGAGCAUCCCUGUUCAAGCCUUCUCUGAAGACAGCAGCCUGGAGGAUUCCCCUUCCAAAUGUUACUGCAGGUUGAAAGCCAUGAUCAUGUGCAAGGGCUGCGGUGCCUUCUGCCAUGAUGAUUGCAUCGGCCCCUCUAAGCUCUGUGUCUCCUGCCUCGUGGUGCGGUAACCGGGAGGGGGAUGGGGAAGAGGAUGGCUUGGGGUUUUUUUUUUUGGGGUGGGGGGUUUUGCUUUCAGAAGUACGUUGGGAAGAAAACAGGAAAUUUACUGCCUUGCACAAGAGACACGUUACCGAAUCAGGAAUUACAGAGUAGAGUUCUUCUUUCAUUAAAGAAAGAGCACCUUCUUGUACAGUGAGUCUAAACUGAGCUCAACUACGUGAAUUGUGACAAGAGUUUGCACUUAAGGAAUUCUGUAAAUAUGUCACAUUAUUUUGUUUAAAAAUAUUUUUUCAAUCUUUUAGGAGAUAGUGUUUGACUUGUACUGCAGUUUCAUUAACCCCAGCCUGCUAUCCGGCAUGUUUGCUGAGCUCUGCUCUAGAUGGGGGGAGCCAACCCCUGGCAAAACCUUAUAGCCUGUUGUUGGUCUUCUCUGGACAAAGAGAAGAACUGGAAAAAUCAAGAAACUGAACAUUUGUACUGACUGAUCCCAGAGCUCCAAAGCAGGACCCCCCCCCCCAAGGGGUCUCGUUUUGUUGCUCUAAAUUUCAGUUCAAUUUUUUCAGAAUUGGAAGGCAUUAACAUUGUUCCAGCCUUUCAAGUACUUGCCUCUCACUUGUGACCAGGCUGUUUCCAGAAGGCAAACUGGGUUGUGCAAUAUUGGCUGGUGUUUCUGAGGUGCAUAUUAUCCUCUCCUUGUCUCCAAGGGGGCUGCUGCAGUCACUUUGGUUUCAGGAAGGCAGCGUCUUGAGUUGCUACUGAUAAAUACUGCAAAAAAGGCAACUGUAUAACCAUAGGAUUCAAGAGUUUAAAUCACUAAAAGGACUCAGUGGGCGUGGUGGUGGGGAAUCCCAGGAGACAUUUAUAGCAGAGAUCACAAAUCUGUGCUGAACUGCACUUCAUUGCCAGCAGAAAUCUGCUGCCCAGCACCUGAUGCCAGCCAAGUGCUCCCAAGUGUCACCCUGGGGCCUGCUGGUUUUUAGGGAGCUUCCCAUGCUCACCCAGCCCUUGGGGGCAGUCAGGCAUCACUCCUUCCCAAGGAUUUUCUGCUCAGCUAAGGCCCAGGGAAAGGAAAACACGUGUCCUGCUGGGCCUCACCACCAGCCCACUGGGUCUCUGUGUCUGGAAACACCAAACUGGUCUGGACUCAGCUUGGGUUUUGCUGUGUUGAG